ACUUCUUUUCCUUCUCAGAUCAGAGCCGCAGAAGUCAGUCACGCAGCUUGACGUUACGCAAGGGCCACGCGUUCACUCUCGUGUCUGUGUGGUGGAGAGGGUUCUGCUGUGUCGUGAGCUCUCCUCCGCGCGUGUGAGAGUGUUUUGUGAGUGUGUGUGUGAGUGUGUGUGUGUGUGAGCUGCAGUCAUGGCUGUGGACGGAACGGAGCAGCGCGCGCUGCAGUAUGAGCAGACUUUGAUGUAUGGGCGUUACACUCAGGAACUGGGUGUUUACGCUCGAGAACAAGCCGCUCGGAUUCGAGAGGAUGGUCGUCACCGCAGUCCUCCGCUCAAACUGCUGGAGUACGAGAAGGGACGAUGUGUCCGGUGUCGAAUCUGUGCAGUGCACUGUCAGCGGUUUCUCAUGUCACGGGUCGGCGAGGACUGGAUCUUCCUCAUCUUGCUGGGACUCGUUAUGGCUCUGGUCAGCUUUGUUAUGGAUUUCUGCAUCGCCCUUCUCCUACAAGCACAGAAGUGGAUGUCCGGUGGUCUGGACAGUAACGUAAUCCUGCAGUAUUUAGCUUGGGUCACUUAUCCUGUGGUUCUCAUCAGCUUCUCUGCAGGCUUCACACACAUCGUAGCACCUCAAGCCGCGGGGUCUGGUAUCCCUGAAAUGAAGACGAUUCUCAGAGGAGUGGUGCUGAAGGAAUAUCUUACGUUAAAAACGUUUGUGGCCAAGGUUGUGGGACUGACCUGUGCGCUGGGGAGCGGUUUGCCUCUGGGCAAGGAGGGUCCGUUUGUGCACAUUGCCAGUUUGUGUGCGGCUCUUCUCUGCAAAUUCAUGUCUUUCUUUGGUGGAAUUUAUGAGAAUGAGUCCAGAAACACGGAGAUGCUUGCGGCGGCCUGCGCUGUCGGGGUUGGAUGCUGCUUCGCUGCUCCUAUUGGAGGUGUGUUGUUCAGCAUUGAAGUCACCUCCACGUUCUUCGCCGUACGAAACUACUGGCGGGGAUUCUUUGCUGCUACGUUUAGUGCCUUUAUCUUCAGAGUUCUGGCCGUGUGGAACAGAGAUGAAGAGACGAUCACGGCUCUCUUUAAAACACGCUUCAGACUGGACUUCCCCUUUGACCUCCAAGAGCUUCCAGCGUUUGCUGUGAUCGGAAUCGCCAGCGGGUUUGGUGGAGCCUUAUUUGUGUAUUUGAACCGGCUGAUUGUGCAGUUUAUGCGAAAACAGAAAACUAUUAACAAGUUCCUCAUGAAGAAGCGUCUGUUGUAUCCUGCACUCGUCACUUUACUGAUCUCUACACUCUCCUUCCCUCCGGGCUUUGGGCAGUUCAUGGCUGGACAGCUUACACAGAAGGAGACCCUGGUUUCAUUUUUUGACAAUCGCACUUGGACGAAGCAAGGAAUGACAGAAGACUUUAAUUAUGACAGUCACUCGGCCGCCUGGAAACAUCCGCAGGCUAACGUCUUUGUGAUCCUCGUCAUCUUCAUCGUAAUGAAGUUCUGGAUGUCUGCUUUAGCCACAACUCUUCCCGUACCAUGUGGAGCCUUUAUGCCUGUUUUCGUCAUUGGUGCUGCGUUUGGCCGUUUGGUGGGUGAAAGUAUGGCCGCAUGGUUUCCAGAGGGCAUUAAUACGGACGGCAUCAUCUAUCCCAUAGUUCCCGGAGGAUACGCUGUUGUGGGAGCUGCGGCGUUAUCCGGAGCAGUCACACAUACGGUUUCCACAGCUGUGAUCGUGUUUGAGUUGACGGGUCAGAUCAGUCACAUUCUGCCCAUCAUGAUUGCUGUGAUUCUCGCCAACGCUGUCGCUCAGAGCCUUCAGCCGUCCAUCUACGACUCCAUAAUCCGCAUUAAGAAACUGCCUUACCUGCCCGAGCUCGGCUGGGGCCACCAUGAGAAGUAUAAUAUCCGUGUGGAGGACAUCAUGGUCAGAGAUGUUCGUUACAUCACACUGAACUCCACCUACAGAGAGCUUCACGAGAUCCUCCUGAUAGGAAACCUCAAAACAGUGGCACUGGUGGAGUCUGCAGAGUCGAUGAUCCUGCUGGGCUCUAUUGAGCGCGCUCAGUUACAGGCGCUCCUCGCGCAGCAUCUGAGUCGCGAGCGCCGGCUGGAGUUCAUACGCGAUCGCACCGACGCCGAGAGAAAACGCGUGUCUGUGAUCAGCACUCCCAGCAGCGAGGAGGGGGGUCAAAAGGUCAACCACGAGGUUCGCUUCCAGAUCUCCACAGAAGAGUCUUCGUUCACACCGACCCGUCCCAUUUCACCUAAACCUCUCAAACCUGCGCUGAAGAGGACAUCUACUGCAGAGAAAAACAUCGAGAUCCCCACAAGUCCUCAUGAUUCUGGCAUUGGCUUAAAGAAUCUGUUAUGUGCUCGACCUCAGACUGAUGCAAUGGAGGAGGAUCCAGACGCAGAGGAUGACAUGACUCUUGGCGAGAUUGAGGAAUGGGAGGAGCAACAGCUUGACGAGCAGGUGAACUUCAACAGCUGCAAGAUUGACCCCGCCCCCUUCCAGCUGGUGGAGCGCACUUCACUGCACAAGACUCACACCAUCUUCUCUCUGCUGGGUUUGGAUCACGCUUACGUCACCAGCAUUGGGAGACUCAUAGGAGUAGUUUCACUGAGAGAGCUGCGUAAAGCCAUCGAGGGCUCGAUGACGGUGAAAGGCGUGAAGGUUCGUCCGCCGCUGGCCAGUUUCAGAGACAGUGGCACCAGUGGCACCAGCAGUGAAAGCGAAGCCACUGAGCUUCACAAACUGUGGGAUCGUCACACCAGCAUCAGCAUUCCCCGAGAACACCAGCCCAACGCCUCCGACUCAGACGACAAGUCACAUUGACCGCAGUCGACGCUCGCAUCCAAAAACCCUCGGGUCUUCCCCUUCUGGAGAAUCAGGGACUGUCUGGACUCUGUCGAGGCUCCACCAGUGUGUGUGUGUGUGUGUGUGUGCGUAUGUGUGUUUAUAUGUGUGUGUGUUGCAGACCAGAGACAGAUCAUUUAAUUUUUGACGUUACCUAUCAUUCCCUUUUUCACUAUUUAAGAAAUGUGAUGCACAAGAUCUGUGUUGCAACUUCAUCUGUUGACUCAUGUUUUUUAUGUUGGGGAAUUUAUAUCUCCGUUUUUUUUCUCUUGCGGUCGCACUUAUGACUUUUCCUGCAGUUAGGUCUUUUCUUCUUGCAAUGGACUUUUUUUCUCGCAACUUUGACUUCUCGCAAGUGACUUUUUUUUUCUUGCUUUUCUAAAAUUAUCAUUACUUUUUGAGUUUUCCUCUUGCGUUGCCUUUCUGAUUUAUUGCCUCUCAAUAAUGCAUUUUCUCUAUUUUUCUAGCUCUUGACUUUUCUCGCUAGUCUUUAUCUCAUAAUCAUGUUUUUUUUUUUCUCGCAAUUUACUUUUCUCUUAGUUACAACUAUUCUCGCUAUUAGAACUUUUUCUUACAAUUAUGACUUCUUGCAAUUAGGAUUUUCUCACAGUAGAUUUUUCUCGCGAUUGACUUUUGUGUUUUCACAUGCAUGACUUUUUUUCUCCCAAUUGUGACUUUUUAACAAGUAUACAUUUUCUUCGCGCAAACAUGACUUUUCUCAAAAAAAAAAUUCCCAGCAAUUUUGACUUCUGUUAUGAUUUUUUUCAUAAUUAUGACUUUUUCGCAAUUAUGACACUUCAUCUCGCAACUGACUUUUUUUUUCACAGUCAUGAAUAUUAACGCAAGUAGGGUCGCAAAGGGGUGUAAAAUUUCCGUUAAAUUUCCGAAAACUUUCCAAAAAUCCCUGGAGGAUUCCAACAAAUCCUGUAAAGUUUCUAAAAUGUCUGCAAUGUUUCCUAAAUUUACUGGAAAUUGUUCACCUUUUUGCAAGCUUAUACUUCAAGGUGCUGUAGGGAACUUUUAAAAAAAAUAUAUUUUUUACAUAUUUGUUAAACCUGUCAUUAUGUCCUGACAGUAGAAUAUGAGACAGAUAAUCUUUGAAAAAAUCAAGCUCCUCUGGCUCCUCCCAGUGUCCGUGUUUUUGGCUUGUCCUGAAUCACUAGGGUGCACCUAUAAUAAGUGUUUAUAUUCGGACUAUUUUAGAUUGCUUCGGGGAUACCGCGGCGGAGUAACCCAGUACCUUUGUGAUUCUUCAUAGACAUAAACAGAGAGAAGUAGUUCCGGCUACGAUGUUCUUCCGCAAGACGCAAGCAGUUCUGUUUAUUAACCGCUAGAGCGUCAAAAGUUCCCUACCGCAGCUUUAAGUAUUACUUUUAUUCUUGCAUCUGACUUUUUUUUCGCAGUUAUGACUUUUUAUUCGCAAUUAACUUCUUGCAUUUCUGACUUUUUCCCCACAAUUGACUUUUUUUUUUCUCACAAUUAUGACUUUUCUGUAAUAGUUUUUUUUUUUUCGCAAUUGACUUUUUCCGUCACAAGUACGACUUUUCUUCUUGCAAUUAAGGCUUUUUUUCACAAUUAUGACACUUUUACUUUCAGUAGACUUUUUCCGCAAUCAUGGCUUUUUUUGUUGAUCCUUUUUUAGUAAGACUUUUAUUCUUGCAACUAUUACUUUUUUUUUUUUUUUUGCAGUUAUGGCUUUUUAUUCGCAACUGACUGCUUGCAGUUACGUUUUUUUGCAACUACUGUAUGACUUUUUGCGCAGUUAUGAUUGUUUAUUCGCAACUGACAGCUAGCAAUCUUGCAAUUUACUUUAUUUCUUGCAAUUAUGCUUUUUCCCACCUCACAAUCUUUUACCUUUCAGAUAUUAUCUUUCAUUCCCUGUUUCAGAGCUCUUCAUCUGUGUGUGUUUUCGCGGGUGGGCAUUAGAUUUUCCUCUAUAUAAAGCAGAUCUGUAGGCGGACGCAGUGGGUGCCAGAGAGAACAGAGCGAUGGAAGGAGACGGAGUGGGAGUGAUUUUCUUUUUUUCUUUUUUUUCCUAAACUCUUUCAGACUUUUUUUUUUUUUUCCUCUUGCAGAAUCUCCAACAUGAGAUUCAGUCGGCGUUUGAAGUCAAACCCCUCGAAUUUGAUCUCGCCCAUGCAGACUCUUACAUAAGGAUGUGCACUUUGUAUUGCUUUCUCUAUUGGAAAUGACACUAAACGUGCCUUUUUGAACGAUUUGGCACAUUUAUUUUUUUCAUGUUUGCACUGAGGACAGUGAAAUCAAUCACAGUCAGCAUUCAGCACAGCAACAACAUCUGAAUUGACAGUAGUGAAAUUAUGAGCAAAUGAAUGGCGAGGCUGGGAGGUUUCCAAGUCCUUCCCACUGGUCUCCAUUGAUCGAGGAGAAUACGAUGCCCUUUUUGAUCGGUUAAGCACUUGAGCAUAAAGCUGCAGGAAAACACACAAAUCCGACAUUAAAAUCUCUCUUUCUGUCUCUUUCUUUCUUUUUAUUUUCCGAUCUUUUACAACAACUUUGUGUUUUUCGAAAAUGUAUAUGUUGAAUGAUGAUGAAUUUCACAAAACUUGUCGAGAACUCAUCAAGCUCGUAUUAAAAACCAAUUAUUUUGAGCCUUUUUCUUUCUUUUCUUUUUUUUUUUUUGCAUAGUGAAAUCAUUUUUUUUCAAGUUUCAUAUUUUUAAUCUCAAUUCUUAUUACAAUAAUGUGUUUGGAUGUUUUACUCAUGUAUAUAAGAUUUCUAUAUUUUUUAUACUUUGUAAUUUUUUGUUAUGCUCAAUGAUAAUUUUUAUUUGAAUUCUACUUAGCCAAAAUAAACUUUUUUUUUUUUUUUUUAUGAGAUUGCAAAUUAAAAUCAUCAUUGAGCAUAAUGGAAAAUACAAAAACAACAGAUAGCUAUUGUAUAUAGAUAAUUUUAUUAAUAUAACUUUAAUUUAAAAUAUAUAUUUAAUGGUUCUAAAAGUGGACUAAAUAUUAUUUUUUCUCUAUUAUGAUUUUCAUUUAAAUUAUUAUUGAAAAAGUAAUUAAGCACUAGUAAUAAAUAUAUAAUUUGUAAUGAUAAUUUAAAUGAAUUCAAAAGUAACAGAUCAACUACAAUGUAUAAAUACAUCAUUUGAAUACUUUUUUUUAUUUUUUUAUGAAAAAUGUCUUUGUUGUCCUUAAAGUAGGGUAUAUUUUCUUUAGGUAAAAUAUAAUUUCUUAUUUCCCUGUGUUGAUGAUUAUGAUAUUCUUACAUUGCAAAAAAAUGAAGGAAAAGAAAGCAUUUAAAAUUCACAAAAGUAUUGUGACUUCUUGAUGAAUUUGUAUCAUGAUGAUUAUUAUUAUUAUUAUUAUUAUUAUCACGUAAUGGGAUUUUAAAUGAUAGAGAAUAUUGAAACUUCAAAAAUAACAAAUGCAACCAAACAUAAUUAUAAAUACUUAAAUAAAUACUAAUAAUUUUUGGUCCUAGGUUGCAUUUUCUUUAGACUUAAUAUUAUUUUUUUAUUUCUCUCUUUUGAUUUGAUGGUAAAAUAAGGUAAACCUUGAUCGGUUUUGUGAGAUUCAUCUGCAAACAUAUUCAUGCAUUUCCACGAACAACAUCCGAACAGAACAAAAGUGAAAUCUGAGAGUAUUUUAUUCAUUGUUGUAAAUGUGUUUGUUGUGAUUUAUAACCGUUUCUGUUCAUCAGCUGAUCAUUUUAAUUUGGAACUAAAAUUAAUUUAUUUAAUUCUGAUUCUCAACUGACAAAUCUGACCAAUAAGCUUUAAUCUGUUCGCCGGUGGAGAAGAGGCUUAUUUCUGUUGAUUCAUGUAGAUUUACAGAUUUUAAUAUAUUUAUAAAAUAUCAUAUUAACUUAAAUAUUUUCUUCUUUUUGCCAUUAGUGUGUUCUUAUAUUUGUAUUUCAAUGUCAUUUUUGUCUUCUUCAGACAAUAUCUCUGUUUAGGAAUAUGUGAUGGUUUUUCUUCUCCCAUCUUUGAAACGUUGACCGAACGUUGUGGGAACGUUUUAAUUGCAUCUCAGAGAAUGUUUUGUGUUUUUUGUCCAAAAAUGGUGCCAGUCUCAUCUCUGAAAUGACUUUAUUAAUAUUAUAAUACACUCGGACCAAAAGAGCAAAAUCUGCUUUAUUAAAUAUGCUGUGGUCCUUUUCAUUUCAUUAUGUUGUUCUGAGAAUCAUAUUUAUUAACAAUCUUACAUGUGAUCAACAAAGUAGAUCAACCGUGAUUUUAUUUUAUUUUGUAUAUUUUUGAUGUUUUCAGACUUUGGAGGAUAAUGUAUUUGUGCAAUAACAUGUUUUGUUUGUUUUUAACCAGAAUUAAAACAUUCCAUGGGUU